GUCCCUAGCUUUUGCUCUCUUCCUCACUGCUGGUUCUUCUCUUCUUUAGUUAAUCUGUCUCUAUAGUCCUUACCAUCUACCCUUUCCCAUCCUUCCAUUCAUCCACCUCACUCAUCACCCCUCAAACACCAUCGACAACUCGAAUAUGACUACAGAAACCACCACAUCAGCCAUCAUGGACGCCAGCAUCACUGCCACCAUGCCCAUGGCCAUGGCCUCUACCAACUGCAAGAUCUCAAUGCUCUGGAACUGGAACACCAUGGAUGUUUGCUUCAUCUCCUCAUCCUGGCACAUCACCUCCCCAAGCAUGUUCGCGGGCUCCUGCAUCGGAGUCAUCCUCCUCGUCAUCUGUCUAGAACUUCUCCGUCGGGUUGCCAGCGAAUACGACGCGUUCAUCAUCAACCGCGCCAGACUUAAAGCCCAAUCUCUAGAUGCUGAUACUGAUACUGAUACUGAGAACGAUCAACCCAACAUCGCAGUUCCUAAUGACCACCCCACAGACAGACCCGUCAAAAAACCCAUCCCAUGGACGCAGUCAGGUUCACUUUCAGCUCUGCCUCCUGUUCCGGAGUCAGCAGAGGAGAAGGAGGAGGAGGAAGAUAAUGAACCAAUGCCUAAUGCGCCAGAAACUACAUCACAUCCUAGUAUACACCCCAAGAACCAGUCAAAAUUCAUCUUCAGACCCAGCAAGAUCGAGCAACUCAUCCGAGCCACCCUGCAUGUAUUGCAAUUUGCUGUGGCGUAUUUUGUGAUGCUGCUGGGGAUGUACUACAAUGGGUAUAUUAUUCUUUGUAUCUUUGUUGGGGCAUUCGUGGGGUUUUUGCUCUUUUCGUGGGGAGGCAGUCUUAGUAGGGAGAGAGUUGGUUCGAUUACCUCUUUACUGGAUUAUGCUUAUGCUGUCUGCUGGUAUUGGUAG